AUGGGUUCAGAAACCAAGAAGAAGGCCUCAACCGAGGACAGGAAACGGCGAUCCGACACGAACCCGCCCAAGACACUCAGAGAACGUUUCCUGCACUCUCUCCCCUAUUACACGGGACCCUACGGCGUGGGAUUCCUCGAGAUCGAAGCACCGGUCCGUCAACCGCGUACCUUUUCGGAGCUCAGGCGCCACAACGUCCCGCUGUUGAGGCUCGAUACCGUCCUCUUCGCCGUCUACUACCCGUGCAGCGUAAAGACCCAGACGGACGACCACGCCGCCCCCGAUCAUCACCAUGACCAGCAGCAGCAUUAUCAUCACGGCAAGAAGAAUGGGGAAAAGGCCGGCGGUACCAAGAAGCCGAAGCUCUCACGGGUCGGAUGGCUCCCGCGUCCGCGGGUCCUCACCUGCAAGGGCUACGCCAAGGAGUUCAGCAUCCCGCAUCUGCCCGUAACGGCCUACAUCGCCGCCACCUCCAUGUUCACCAAACUCCCCGCGCUGAGGAACGCGAAGCUCGCAGAGCAUUGGCCGGAAGAGAUGCUGGGCGACGAAGGUCCGACGGGUCAGACGGCGAGGAACGAGGAGUCGAGCUCGUGCAAGAAGCCAAAGUUCCCAGUCAUUAUCUUCAGCCAUGGCCUGGGCGGCUCGAGGAUGAGCUACAGCUCCAUAUGUGGAGAGUUGGCGAGUUACGGCUUCAUUGUUGUGGCAAUCGAGCACAGGGAUGGGAGCGGUGCGAGGACCUAUGUGAACCUCCCGGAACAUCGGGAGGUGUCCGAUAGCGAAUCUUCCUUGGAGACGGUCAAUGCCAAAAAGAUCAAGAACAAGAAGAACGGAAAAGACUCUGGGCAGCACUACUGCGUAGACUAUCUUUUCCCCAAGAAUAACGAGCAGGACACGGCACCGAACAACGAACAGGGCGUUGAUAUGCAGCUACGCGCUGCGCAGAUUGAAAUGAGAAUGACGGAAAUCGAGGAGGCCUUCCGCAUCCUUGGAUACAUCGACAGUGGUCGCGGGCACGAAGUUGCAGCCAUGAACCUGAGAAAGAAGGGCAAUGUGGCGUCGAGCUCCAAAGGGCUUACAGGCAUCGUAUGGGAUGACUGGCAAGAUAGGAUGUUUCUCGACAAUGUGACGAUAAUGGGUCACUCGUUUGGCGGAGCAACGACGGUCGAAGCUUUGCGGACCGAGUCGCUUAGCUGGGUUGGUCAAGGCAUCAUUCUUGACGCUUGGGGCCCGGCGACGCCACGCGCAGGAGAGAACCCCAGUCACCGGGUUAAGAAACCGUUGUUGUCGAUCGGAUCGGAAGCCUUUAUGCACUGGCAAGAAAACUUUGACAGACUUGUCGACGUCUGCAACGAGGCCAGGGGCGAGAACGCGCUCACCUGGAUGAUGACGAUCCGGGGGUCAACCCAUCUCUCCCAGACAGACUUUGCAGUUCUGUACUCGACUUGGACAGAUCUGUUCAUGAAGACGUUGGUGAAUCCUCUGCGAGCCAUCUACCUGACGAUAUCACCGUCGCUCGAGUUUUUGAAAAUCACGCUACCUCCGGAGCAGACAAAGUACAACACCUGGGUAGACGAGGAAAUUUUGAAAACAACAGAGCCACCAACAGAACCACUUGCUGUGGUGACGCACGAUCACCGACCGGACGACCAAUGGAUCGCAGUUCGCCUCAAGGUGGACAACGAAGCAACUCUGCGGAUCAAGAGAUGGUUUCGGCACAAGAAUCGGGUCUUGAUGGGUAAAGGCGAUGGAUCGGGCAUGCCUUCGGGACUGAUCAGCUGGGAGAAGGGCAAUGAGGUUUGGAUGCACGUGAGCCCGGACCCUGAGUCCGUGGAGGAGCAAAUGCAACGGAACGAGCGGACGACGAGCCGGAAUGCAGCGUAG